CAACUCCUUCCGACCGGAUACCCACUCAAACCGUCGGGUAGAGAAUCGCCGUCAAACAUCCACUGUUGGCGAUAAAGACCCCCGGCGGAUCGCUGCUUGGGUGACGCAAAUCGUUCGAUUGACUUUUCUUUGUUUUCCCGACGUCUACUGCCCAGGUGCAACGGUCACCGGGCGGAGCGAGCUUGCUGCAGCCGAGCGCGGGUCUGAGGCCCGUCGACCUUCUCCGACCGCCGAGGCCCCAAAAGUCGGAGCCGUUUCAAUUAAAAGGCUGGGAGGUCCUGGCCUACCUUCCAAACACACCCACAGCGCCCUCCCGAGACGGUUCAAUCUCCUCAAGCAUCGAGCAACCCCCCCCCACACACAAUCACAAUGUCCGCCGAAGGAGGGGAAACCGGCAAGGCCGGAGUUAUCGUCGCGCAAGACGGGGCGCCUCCCCUGGACAAGCUUUCCCACGCCGUUGUCGACGAUCUAUUGUAUAACAUCGUCCACGACCUCCUGCUCAAAGUGCACCGAGACGAGAAGAUUGCGCGCGCAAACACGGCCGCCAUCAAGGUGGAGAAGCUCGCAAAGAACACUACGGAUGGCACAACGGACCCCAGCCCCGAUGUCGAGGUCGAAACGGAUGCAGCUAUAUAUAAGGAGGGGAAGGUGAUGCUGAAGGGCAACCCGCUCAAGACGACCAAGGAAAUCCUGUGCCCGAAAUGCCACCUCCCCCGACUGCUGUACCCCACGGACGGCAAGGGCGCGAGGAAGCCGGACCCCGGCGUUAUCUACUGCAAGAAGCACCCCUACAUUGAGAAGGCGGGCUACGACAUUUACGGGCAGACGUGGGUUGCGCCAGGGCCGGGCCGAGGCAAGAAGAAGAAGGAUCAGAAGCUCGACCCCAAUGACCCGAGCUCCCCGGCGCCCGGCGAAGGAAGCGCAAAGGACCGGCCGUCUAACGUGCUGAGCUUUCCCAGCGCGACGUGCCCCAAGUGCAAGAGGUGCAUCCUGGUGACGCGUUUGAACAACCACAUGGGCGGAUGCAUUGGCAACAGCGGGCGCAAUGCCAGCAGAGCGGCCGCGCAGAAGAUUAGCAACGGCAGCAACGGGGGCAGCCAGAACAACGACAACACCCCGCCCGGAAGCCAGAAGGGCACGCCGCGACCCGGAAGCCGGGGUGCGAGCCCCAGGAAGCGGGACGGUGACGAAUUCGACGAGGAUGGGGAGGACUCUGACCAAAACAAUCCCAAGAAAAAGAAGAUCAAGCCGAACUCGCUGACCAAGAAGGUCAUUCUGAAGGCCAAGAGUUCCGCCGCACUCGGCAAUCUGAAGAAGGACAAGGUAAAGCCUAGCUCGAUGCUCAACGUGGAGCAAACGGUGGACGACGACGACGACGCAAAGGACUCGACGGUGCAAGUGGCGCCGAAGAAACCGGCGCCGAUUUCAAAAAGCGCCUCGCCAACCAAGAAGAUCAAGCUGGGAGCGGCGAAGCCACGGUUGCCCUCGCCGGCCGGCAAGAAGGUUAAGAAGGAUCGCGACUUGGAGAGCGAGUCUUCGGGGACUCCGUCAUCGCCGCCUCGCUAACUCGGCGGCCGGUCGAUGGCCAGCUCUGUCGACUUCAAAUUGUUGUUUCCCACUUCGCAUCGACACUUGCUUCUCUCUGCGCAUCACAUUGGUCACGGUUCGGAAACGUUUCGCAUCAUUGCCCACGGUGGGCUGGUCCGGGUUGGCGGCGUUCUCUGCAUUUGCGUUCAUCGGCUCCGGGCAUUUACGGGACAUGACUCUUGUACUAUUACGACGAAG